CUGUUUUGGUUUGAAUUCAACCAAUCAAAAUCAGUCGGAGGCGGGGGUUUUACGGGUAGAGGGAGCUUUGAAUUUUUGUGAGGUUUUUAAACACACAGCUGUAGUAUCUGGCAUUUAAAACUAGACUUUAAUGUGUAAAAUUUAUCUUUUUGAGUUAUAUGACUAGAAGAAGCUCACGAUAACGCUGAAAUGGCGAGCUGGCAUCAUUAGCACCAGAGAACAGACUCUUGUUUUGGUUUCUGUGAUAAAUCUUCGCGUCGACAUUUUACAAUUCGUAAAGUUUUACUUGCUGCUCGCUGCCGUCGAACAAACCAAUAAUGAAAGCGAGGAAAGAAGAGAAUACUGAAAUAAAAGAGAUUAAGGACGAGAAAGAUCUCAUUUGUAGUCUUUGUAAACGGGGCGACGACUGUCCAGAAAAGUAUGGGGAGAAGAUCACACUCGAACAGCACGACCUGACUGUCCACUAUUUCUGUUUGCUGAUGUCUAGUGGAGUGUUUCAGAGAGGAGAGGAACAUGAAGGCAUUCAUGGUUUUCUUGUGAAUGACAUCCAGAAGGAGAUUCGCAGAUCUUCAAGGCUGAGGUGCACGCACUGCAAAAAGAUUGGCGCUUCGGUCGGGUGUUUCAUCAAAACCUGCAGGCAGAUGGUCCACAUGCCGUGUGGAAUAGAGGAGGAGUUUAUUUUCCAGUUCACCGACUCGUUUCCGUGUUUCUGUAAAAAGCAUGCACCUAGUCAAGCCUGCGUCUCCAGUCCCAGUCUACCGCUCUCCUGCUCUGUGUGUCUGGAAGCCAUUGAACCCGUUCUCUCCUACAAUGUCCUCAAGUGUCCCGCGUGUCAUGGGAGCUGGUUUCAUAGGGCUUGUGUACAGCAAUAUGCAUACAGUGCUGCUAUGUUCUUCUUCAAAUGCACGCUCUGCAAUAACAAAGAUCAGUUCCAGCAAGAAAUGGUCAGGAUGGGAAUACACAUACCAGAGAGAGAUGCAUCAUGGGAACUAGAAGAAAAUGCAUAUGGAGAAUUACUGCAGGUGUACCAGCGCUGUGAUGCCAGAAAGUGUCUAUCUCACAGGGGUCGUAAACACAGCUCAGGCUCAGGGUUUUUCGAAAUUCUCCGUUGUACGUUCUGCGGAUCCAGAGGAACCCAUCGAAAGUGCUCCUGCCUUGAGCUUUAUGAAACCGAAUGGACGUGUGAUGAAUGCAAAGGCGCUGUUGAGGGCAAUAAUUCAGUGCCUUUACCAAACCAUGUUAAAUCUCCACUGGCUGAAAGGCAAGAGAGGAAGAGAUUAUUUAAAGGAUGUAUCUCUGAUUUCCAUUCCUCACUCACCACUAAAAGGCAGUGUAUGCCCGCCACUUUUCUAGAGAUCUUAAUGGGUCUGGCCUCUCAGAUAUCACAGCAGCAGUGCACAGAGGUGUUGGUGGAAGAUGGUAAUGAUGAUGAGGUGGUGAAAGCAGCUCUGAGGGUUUUGCGGCAAAGCAACUUUAAUCCCUCCAACACGCUUUCUGUGAAGUACUCCAAAGACAAACUAAACAACAGCGUCAGGAAUCAGCGUCAGUUUCUCAGAUGUCUCGUUCAAAGCUUGGAAAAGUCUGAAAUCUUUGAGGGACCCAAUGGAGCUAAAAACCUGGUUCUGAACUCAAGAGCUCUGAGGGAUGAUCUUUACUUUGAGAUCGGCAGCCUGUUGGCCCUCUCUUUGGUUCACGGGGGUCCUCCGGUGGGCUUCUUCUCUCCAGUUCUGUACCACAAUCUGUUCAGCUACCCUACAAACUACAGACCUACAUUACAAGACCUUGGAGACACCGUUUUGGCACACAAAAUCAGAAGAAUUGCAGAAGCAAACAACAUAUAUAAUUUAAGACGUGCAAUGCAGUCAGCAUCGCAGUACUUGGAAGUGGCAGGUUGUUGGCGAGAAGUCAGUAAGCUUUCUGACAAAGACAUGUUGGUGGAGGAUGUUCUCAAUUUUUAUUUGAUCAUCCGACUACAGCUGCCUCUGCAGAGGUUUCGGGAGGGUCUGAGGACACUAGGAGUGUUUGAGCAGGUCCAGAUGUGCACAGAAGGUUUCUAUUCGGUUUUCUGUGGCCCCGUGGAGAAGUUGACCGCCGAAUCCAUCCUGGAGCUCUUUACCACACGGUUUUCAGAGGAAGAAGAUCUGAAAGCAAAAGAGUACACGACUCACAGCUUUUGGAAACAGUACCUACAUGAGUGUGAAGAUGGCCAGUGUGCAGCAUCACUCGAGGAUAUUUUAACAUUUGCCACUGGCACAGAUGUGGUUCCAUCCAUUGGAUUCAAUCCCCCUCUAGCUCUUUCUUUCCUAAUCUCUCCAGACCCUUCCUGUGCCUUUCCUCGGAGCCACUGUGACACCAAUCAUCUCAUUCUUCCAAUACUACCCUCUUAUGAGGUCUUCAAGAAACACUUGGACUACACAGUGUGUCAGUUUUCUGUUAUGCAGUACUUCUAGAGACUCUUUUCCUAAGAUUAAGGGUGCUGUUGCCCUUUAUCUGUAAUGGUGCUAAAUGUCUGUGAUUUAUUUAUUGGAGUUAUGUAGUUUUAUAUGAACCGUAUUGUUCACAUUAGCAUUACUUGUUACAUUCAUCAGUAAUAUGAUAAACCCUGUUGUCAUUUAUUUGACAGUAAUUUAGAAUCUACAAUCAGUUACAAUAUAACAAUGCAAUUUGCCUUACAUAUUACCUAGCAAUCAUACAGUAGGUUAACCAAUCAUAAUUUCAUUUCAGAUUAUUCAUCAAUUUAAGUUGUUCAAAACUGUUAGGCCUCAGCUGGAAGCAAUGCAUGUUCUUUAGACUCGACUAGUUUAGGUGCAUGUAAACAUGGCUUGCAAUAUAAAGUGUUUGUUACCAGCCACACAAUUCAGAGUUGUACCAGUUUUAUAUAUAGUGCAACUACAGUUAAAAUGUUCAGUAGUUAUAGAUAUGCCUACAGUGUGUAUACCAAGCAACUGGGAAUUUAGAUUUUUUUUUAAAAAAAAACAUGGUUUAACAAUGAAUACUUUGUAAUUUUCUAGUAGCCACAAAAUGGUGCCGUUGCAAGUUUAGCCUGUAUAUUAGCCACAAUAGAGUUUCCGUACAAUGGAUAAAUGCGUCUUUAUAGCCACUACACAUGAAUCCAUGAAUUUUACUGUAUAAACUGUUCUUUUAAAAUACCAUUGGUAGCAAUGUUUGUUUUUUCCAUUUUUUACUGUUGCUUGUGUUCUUUAAAGUUGUUGUCAGCUUUAUAUCCGUCAUAAUUUAUUAAACUCUUUGCUGUUA